AUGGAGCGCACUUGUAUACCCUCUAUGUUUGCCACGCGUUCUCACAUGUAUUUCCCCCGUCAAUUUUCAGCAAAUUUUAGCGCAACUUUUCGGUCAAAAAUUGCAUAAUCGCGUUAACAUUGUUAAAUUUAUUGAUUUUCAGCAGAAAACGCUACAAAAUGGGUACACCUCAUGGCCAGACGGCCAUGUUUCACUCCUCCAACACGUUUUCCAUCGACGAAUCCAAGUUGUGCUUCAACAAGACUCAUUUCAAUCGCGAGGAUUUCAACGUGGAACGAUUCAUGAACCUGGCGAGACAGUGAGUUAUCGAUUAUUCUGAUUAAAUUUAAAAGUUCUGCGGAAAAACGCGUUUUUUGUCAACAAAGUAGCAAAUAAAUUUGCAGAAAGGCGGAUUUGAAAACAAUUCAACAAGACUUGCGGCUCUAUCUGAAAAGUGUACAAAAUUCGAUGAUCGAGCUCAUCAACGACGACUACGCCGAUUUUGUGCACUUGUCCUCGAAUCUGGUCAGUCUUCAGGAGUCGCUCAACAAAAUCGAGACGGAUAUCAAUGUGAGUACCUUGAAAAAUCGAUUUUUCCAUCGGAAUCCAUUAAAAACUAGCUAUUUUCAGCGAAUUUGGAGUGAUUUUGAAGAGUCGACAAAGGAAUCGGUCGGAAUGGCCGAGCGAAUCGAGCAAAAGUGCGAAGAGCUGUCGUCAAACCGCGAAAAACAGUCGGAAUUACGCGAUCGUAUCGCUUUUCUGUGCGCCAUUGAAAAACUAGGCGAAAUGCUCAAGAAACCGCCGCAAAAGUGCUCUGUUUUAUGGUUUGGUUUGCAAAUUUCGCUUGAAAAACUGAUUCAAAAUGUCUAGGCUCCAAAAAGCGGCUUCAUUCGUGGUGGAACUCAAAGCAUCGGCCCGUCUCGUGCAUUCUGACGAGGAAAAACGCGCCCAGCAAGUGAUUCUGACCAAAUUGGAGUCGGUUUUGUGCGUGGAAGGCGUGCGAAGUGCCGCGACGGACUGCAAAACGCUUCCGCUCAUUCUGUCGAUAUUAUCCAUCACCGAAAGUGCGCAUUCGCUCACUGCUCACUUGGUUUCUGAUCUGCUCUACGCGAAAUUUGUGGACGAAAACGAGGAAAAGGAGGCGGAUCAGUUGAAGAGAUUGGAGCAGGUGUACGCGAGUGUUAAAAAGGUACUUUUUCAAACAAAAAAAAAGAAUUGAAAGAAAAACCAUAGAGCGUUUUUCCGCCUUCAGAUGCGCGAAAAAUGGGCCGACACCCUUGGAACACAACAUUUUCGUGGAAAAAUUCGAGGAUUUCUGGAUGAGACUCUACUCACCUUCGUGCUCACUUUCAUUGAUAAGGUGAGCAAGGAUGACUAGAAAUUCUGGAAAAUACGCAAUUGUUUGCAGUGCAUGGGCACAGUGGCGGUCCCGUCGGACACGCGGCUCUUCCACAAGUGUUUCUCGGUGACACAACAGUUCAUUGACACGUGGCCAUCCGCCCGCGCGUGUCGGACGAUGCUCAAAUCGAUCAGAGACAAAUUCAACCUCCUCGUCUACUUUAAACUUGAAACUCAUCGAUUCUCCAAGGAAAUUGACAGUUUGAUGGUUCCGGAGCAGUUUUCAGUGGAGCAGGAUGAGGCUGAAGAGGUAAAUGACAUUCUUGAACCUAAAACUUGAAAUUUCCGUUCCAGGAAUUGCAUUGCAAAGCCUCGCGAGCAGUUUUCAGUGCGAUCGAGCACGUUUGGAGCGACGACGUCUACAUCGCCGCGAUUGUCGAUAAAUUGUGGGAUUUCACCCUCCGGCUCCUUCUCAAACACCAUUCCUGGACGAAAACUAUGCAAGAGUACGCUUUUUCACUGAGUUUUCUGUAAACAAUGCAUUUUUUUCAGAUAUUUAGUGGAGGAGAAGCGUGACUGGACGGCGAUGCUCCAAAUACGAAUGGACGCCGAGAAUCUGCACCAGAAGAUUUUCGAUUUUGCACUGGAAGAGAUUUGGGGGAAGUUGAAGUAGGUUUUGAGAGGUUUAGAAAGAGACUUUUUUCCCUCAACUUUUUGCAGAGACCUCUCGGUAGACACCUCUCAAUUCGGUCAAUGUCUCACGAAACACGGCCGUUCCGUGGACGCCCUCAGCCAAAAAAUGGAUAACGAUAUUGUCGUUCUUUUCGCGGACGUCCUCCACCGGGAACUCGCGCAAGUGUCCGACGUGCCCAAACAGUACAGAUGGACGAAAAAGGCGCCGCCCACGAGCCAUUCGAACUACGCCACAGCGGCUGUCCAACUGAUUGACGAGUUUCGGAAGCGCAUUCUGUACGUCUUCUCCUUUUUUGUUGCUGAAACCCGUGUCUUAGGUAAAUUCUGUAAUUUUUGCAGAAAAGACGAGCAUCCGGAUGUGGAGAAAAUGGUGAAAAGUGUCGGGCUCUCGGCGUUUACCUAUUUUGCUGCGAAAGCCAAGGAAGUGAGUUGUUUCGAAAUGUUUACGAGAAUUCCUGAUAAAAUACGAAACGAUAAUGACUUCCUGUUGAAUGUUGUUUCAAUUUAACCAAAUUUGCAGGUGCAAGACGGCGUAGAAGCCACCGGAUCGUCGCUCUCCCGAUUCAAACGCAAAACAGCCGCGGAUUCUGGAGCCACAGUGACGGACGACGAUAAAAUCAAGCGACAAAUCCACCACGACGCGGUUUUCCUCCUCCAAAACGCGGAAAACCUGGGAAUUUCGGAAGUUGGAGGCCUCCAAGAGGUCGCCGAUCGAUUUUCGGAUAUUGUAGCGCCGAUGAUUUUGAAGAACAAUAACGAAAGUGUACAAGAGGAGGAGGAGCCGAAUAAUAUUAACUCCUAA